AUGUGGGCUACCGAUUAUGCACCCCCAAUAGUUCUAUCUCGUUGGAUUCAUAUUUAUCAAGAAGUUGUAUUAUACAACAAAUUUGAUAACAUGAUGAAACUUAUAAUCUUUUUUUUCACCAUUAUUUUAUCGGUUGUUCUAGGAGGAAAUGCAAAGCUUGACUUGACACCUGGAAGUUAUCUCACAAACACCGAUCCGACAAAGAGCACAUUGCAACAAGGACAAUCUAUCUCAUCUGGAGGCUUGUACCUCACAUUAGGCUCGGAUGGUCAUCUUUACAUGACCACAGUUGCAGUAUAUGGCCAACCAGGUGCCAUUCAGAGAUGGACAACCAAAGGAGAGGUUGCAUAUUUUUAUGUGCCUAAUCAGGGUGGACCAUUCGAAUUUAUAUUCCAAAAUGAUGGAAACUUAUGUGCCUACGACAAAAGCAACAAUAUCAAUGCGAUCUGGUGUUAUUAUACCAAAGGUAGUGGUGGUAUCUAUUUAGGUAUUUCAUCGACCUACAUGCCACUUCCAGCCUAUGCAUUGGUCAUGACUACAGAAACAGAUAUGGUUUGGGCUCGUUACGCCAAUAUUGCACCCGUGACUCAAAGAAACUUUGGAACUAGUCUCAUUCCUGGAUCGUGGUUGUCCCUCAAUCAAACAAUCUACCCAGGAACUUCAAUUACAAAUGGUUAUCAAACUUUAAAGUUCCAAUCAAGCGGCAGUAUCCAAUUGUAUUCAAACUAUGGAGAAUUAGGUCCUAAUGGCCGCACCGCUAUUUGGACACACCCGGUAAUGCUUCCAUGGGACGGCGAUUACAUUUGGGCCCAAUGCAGUGACCCAAUUUCCGAUCAAUUGUGCGCUUACUCUGAUGGUCAAUCGUAUGGACCUGUAUUCCAAGGAACAUACUUGUCUAUGUUGCCUAAUGAUGCCGAUCCUGGCCAUGACUUUUCAAUUCUUUCUUUUGACGACCAAUGGAGGGUAUUCAUGGGAUUCACAAGGGUUCCAGGUCAAUACACAAACUAUUAUUCAAAUUCUACCAAUGGAUUUUUACAAGGAGCUUUGAUUUCAAACUCUGUGGUCAACCUUCAACUAACCUCAACCGAUUUGGUUCUAAAAAAUACAAACACCCAACAAGUUUUGUGGAAGACGAAUACGGGAUGCACUGGUAUCACCUAUGGAAAUUGGAAUACAAAAAGAUGGCCAACUCCUACAUAUCCCAAUGCAUUCUGUAUCUAUCAACCUGAAGGCACUGUUGAUCAAGCUUGUUGGUGUGCUAAUAACAUGUUUGGUGGCAAUGGAAGACAAAGAGCCGACACUUUGGUUAUUCCACCUGGUCAUGCUUGUUUGUUACAAAUAUCAUCAACUGGAAAGGUUCUAAACACUAUCUACUCUAUUUAA